CUACCACUCUACAACAGAUCACCAUGGUCCAGCUGGCGGCGGUGGACCACCUGUCGGUGCAGGAGAAACUCCUCCUCUCCCAGGCGGUGUACAAAGUCGGUGCCGCCAACUGGCCAGCCGUCAGCAAACUCUUGUUGGCGCACCCUUGCAUCGUCGGUCGGCCAACCGACUACUUUACGCCCGAGGCCUGUGAAUCGUCCUACGUGGCGCUCAUGGGAAGCAUCGAGAUCAAUGUCCCCGCUCCUGAAGGCGCCAAACCUCAAGCCAGAGUCCACCUCCAGCUCGCGCGCACCUUCUACUUUGCGAGGAUGGAAGAGCUCAAGCAUCAAAUUGCAAACUACGAGCAGCGUUUCACCGAGUUGAUGAGAGAGAUCACGGCCAUUAAGGCUGGAGAGUUGGACGACAAGAUUCAUCUCGAGAUCCGCCAGGCCCUCGCAAAGCGGUACGGCAAGUCGGUGGUCGACUCUUGGGCGCCGCUGCCGUCAGCCGUCAAGGCUGCCGUCGAAGCCGGUCCCGAAUCAGCCCAGCCUCCUGUUGAGCCCAAGGAGGAGACCAAGGAAGUCGACACAGCCCCAGCCACAACAGUUCCAGAGAUCCACAUCCAGCCUGCCGAGGACGAGGACGCGGCGGACGCUGGCAAGGAUGAGGACGCGGCUCAGCCGGACGAGCCAGAGAAGGCAGCCGACCCGGAGGCUGCUGAAGACGGCAACGAGGAAGCCGAAGCCGAGUCAACACCCACGGAGGAGCCGACUGUCGACGAGCCAUCCAAGGCCGAAGACGAGGAGGAAUCCUUAGAGGCCGACAAGAAGCCGGAGACCGAGGAGGAAGUGGAGGCAGAAAAGGAGGAGGAGAAAGAGGAAGCCGAAGAGGAGGCCGACGAGGAGGAGGCCGAGGAGGAAGCCGAGCAAGACGACGCUGCGGACAAGGCCAUUGAGGCCGAGGAAGCUGCGGAGGUCGCCGACGAAACUGAGGACGCUCCCACCAAGGAGUCUGACGCCGAAGUCGAGGCGAUGGACGUUGACGAGAAGGCUGAGGAGGAAGAGGAGGAGGAGGAGGAGGAGGAGGAGGAGGAGGAGGCGGAUGAGGAGGAAGCAGAAGAGGAGGCCGAGGAGGAGGAUGACGACAAGGAGGCUGCUGCCGAAGCGUCUGAACCUACGACUCCCAAGCCCACGACACCUUCGUCCCCCGAGCUGUCGCCAGCAUCCGAACUCUCGCCGCUUCCCGGAGAGGAUGUGCCCACCGACGCCGCACCGUCUUCGCCAACACCCGUCACUGCGUCGACCCGGGGUCGCAAGCGCAAAGCGGGCAGCCAACCUGGCAGUGUGCCUGUGAGCAAGCGAUCGAACAGGCGUGGCGCUUCGCCUGCCGCUAGCAAUGCUGGAUCCGACGAUGACGAGGAUGCCGAGGUCAAGGAGGAGGCGGAUGUCGAAGUCCAGCAGCGCGGCCGCCGAGCUUCGCGCCGCAGCCUUGCCAAGAAAGAGGACUCGCCUCCACCUAAGCGCGGGCAAUCCGCAUCUUCAGCUGCCUCUGGGACACCAACCGGGGCGGACAGUGGACCUCGUCGCCGCGGGCGACCACGGGUUAUCCGCGACGAUGUCGUCACCAAGGCCGCGCGGGGCGCGAGCGAAGCCGCGUCGGUCAAGGACGAGCAAGAGGACCGGGAUGAAGACAAGGAGGAAGAGGACACCGAAGAGCCUGAAGAGGAGAAGCGGAGCCUGCGAACCUCUGGCCGUCGAAAGCCUGCGCCUGAAGUCGCAACGCCGACCGAAAAACGAGGCAAACGAGGUGCGGCCCGGACCCCCCUGCCAGCCGCACCCGAGUCAGCCGGAGAUGAAGGUGACGAGGCAGACGCGAGUCCUGCACCGGCGGGGGCUGGGCCAUCGACGACUGCGACGGCGUCGACGCGGGGCCGAGCACCACGACACUCGUCUCCACGCGAGCAACGCAACACGCAAAAGUUGAUACUGUCGCUCCUCGACACCAUUUCGCAGCACAAGUUUGGGCCAGUGUUUUCGAAUCCGGUGAAGAAGAGCGAGGCGGCCGACUACUACGACAUUAUCAAGCGCCCCAUGGACCUCAAGACUAUCCGUGCGCGCAUCAAGGACGGGACCAUCUCUACGAUCGAUGAGUUUGAGCGAGACAUUCGUCUGAUGUUUGCCAACGCCACCGUGUUCAAUGCGCGUGGAUCCCAAGUCUACAACAUGGCGCGUGAGAUGCUCGCUGCGAGCGAGGGUCACAUUGCGCACUACAAGAGCAUGCAGCAUCACCUGAGCCGCUAGCUGGGCUUUGGGCCGGGGGGUGAGAGGGUUGUAGUAGUCGUCAAAGGCGCCAAGCAGUGUAUCAUUAUCAAAGCAGCAGCAGCAUGCAUCAUUGCGAGCAUUGACAAA